GUGAAGCAAAACUUAAAGAAUUACAAAAUGUUGGGUCGCCUGGGCAGAAAACAUGUUGAAAUUGCGACAUCAUUCGCAUCGACGGCUGUUGGUUUUGGCGGCGCUGCUUUCGUGACUCUCCUGUACUUCACGGAUUGGAAGGUGUUCGUCGCCAACAUCCCCUUCUACAGCGGCAAAUUUAAGGAAGUCGAGGAAAAGUAAAGUUGACUCGAUUUUAAUGUUAUUUGUGUUAAGAUCAUUAUUUAUAGAUGUCCCUACACUAGUAAAUAAAUAAGUUUUAUUCAAACUCUA